AUGUCGGGCCUCAAGCGCAAGGCCAGCGGCUUUGUGCCCGCACCAGAGCUCAAGAAACCAAAGGCCAAUGGCAACAUUGCCUCUUUUUUCGGUGCAGCGCCCAGGCCGGCCCAGACCGCGGGCACCGCAUCUUUAACAACUGCACCGGCGGCGGCGGCCAAGUUUGACAAGACCAAAUGGCUGGCCAGCCUGACGCCGGAGCAGAAGAAGCUGCUGAAGCUGGAGAUUGAGACGAUGCACGAGAGCUGGCUUGGACUGCUCAAGGACGAUAUUACGACAAAAGAAUUCCUCGACUUGAAAAAGUUCCUGGAAAGAGAGACGGCGGCUGGGAAGAAGUGGUUUCCUCCUCAAGAAGACGUCUACUCCUGGUCUCGACACACACCCUUCGACAAGGUCAAGAUCGUCAUCGUCGGCCAGGAUCCCUACCACAACGUGAACCAGGCGCACGGCAUGGCGUUUUCGGUGCGGCCCCCGACGCCCGCGCCGCCCUCGCUGCGCAACAUGUACAUUGCCCUCGCCAAGGACUACCCGGCUUUCGAGAAGCCCGCAAAGAACGCGGGUCUGCUGACGCCGUGGGCGGACCGUGGCGUACUCAUGCUCAACACGUGCUUGACGGUGCGCGCGCACGAGGCCAACUCGCACUCGAACCGUGGGUGGGAGAGGCUCACGCAAAAAAUUAUCGACCUGGUCGCGCAGAAGCGCACGCGCGGCGUCGUCUUUGUCGCCUGGGGCACGCCAGCGGGCAAGCGCGUGAUAAAGGUGGACAAGCAGCGGCAUCUAGUGCUGCAGAGCGUGCACCCGAGCCCGCUGAGCGCGUCAAGGGGCUUCUUUGACUGCGGCCAUUUUCGCAAGGCCAAUGAGUGGCUGAUUCAGCGGUAUGGCCCUGAAGGCGAGAUUGACUGGGCGCUUGUGCCAGGCAACUCGACGCUGAGCGUGCCCAAGGUAGAGAAGAAGGUGGGAAAAAAGAUUGCAGCAGGCAAGGAGAAUCUCGAGGUGGAUGGCGAGAUUGGUUCUGACGACGAGGCAGCCCUGGAGGAAGCCAUCAAGGCCGCAGAAGAGCAAGCAACGAAACCAUAG